UUCACACACACAUACACACACUCUCACACUCUCUCUCUUUCACACACUUCCUCAACCACACCGUGUGUUCAGUUCUGCGGUCAGAAGCACACUUUGUUAGCACAAGAAAGGACUAGUUUACGAAGAUUUCUUGGUCGGUUCUCUGAGGUGUGUUUUCGCCAUGGCUCCGUUCCUGCGGAUCGCCUUUAACGAUUUUAAUUUGGGAAGCCUUCCUCCUUUGACCGAUGAACCAUUCUGUGCCAUCAAGAUGAAGGAGUCUCUCAGCACGGAGCGGGGAAAGACUCUCGUCCAGAGGAAGCCCACCAUGUUCCCAGCGUGGAAGUCCAGCUUCGACGCUCAUAUCUACGAAGGCCGUGUGAUGCAGGUUCUCCUGAUGAAGACGGCCGAGGAGCCUCUCUCCGAGGCCACCCUGGGCGUGUCGGUCCUCGCGGAGCGCUGCAAAAAGGGCAACGGCCGAGCAGAAUUCUGGGUAGACCUGCAGCCCUCUGGGAAGAUCAUGAUGUCCGUGCAGUUCUUCGUUGAAGAUAACGAAUCAGAGGGCAAGGCGUCCACCGGGGAGAAAGAGGAGGACGGGAUCUUAACACUGAAUCGAAGAAGAGGAGCCAUCAAACAGGCCAAGGUUCACUUCAUCAAAAACCACGAGUUCCUCGCCACCUUCUUCAAACAGCCUACGUUCUGCUCCGUCUGCCGAGAGUUCGUCUGGGGGCUUAACAAACAGGGCUACAAAUGCAGACAGUGCAAUGCGGCCAUUCACAAGAAGUGCAUCGAUAAGAUCAUUGGGAGAUGCACAGGAACGGCAGCCAACAGCCGAGACACUGUGUUCCAGAAAGAGCGCUUUAAGAUCGACAUGCCACAUCGCUUCAAGACGCACAACUACAUGAGUCCUACCUUCUGCGAUCACUGCGGAAGUCUGCUUUGGGGAAUGGUCAAGCAGGGCCUGAAAUGUGAAGACUGCGCGAUGAACGUCCACCACAAAUGCCAGGGAAAAGUAGCCAACCUCUGUGGUAUAAACCAGAAACUUCUAGCCGAAGCUCUGACUCAAGUUAGCAUUAAAUCGUCCACAAAGCGUCCUGAUCCCACCGUGUCAGACAUUGGCAUCUAUCAGGAUAUAGCCACGCGUGUGCCGCUGGAACCUAGCAGAGAUGGCACUCUGUAUGACAAUCUGUGGGAUGGUCACACUCCUACACCUACCGCCAUCCCACACCAAACUCACUCCAUACACCUCUCCAUUGACCAGUUUGAGUUCCACAAAGUGUUGGGUAAAGGUAGCUUUGGCAAGGUGAUGCUGGUAGAGCUGAAGGGCCGCGGCGAGUUCUUCGCCUUGAAGGCGCUAAAGAAGGACGUGGUACUGAUGGACGACGACGUGGAGUGCACAAUGGUGGAGAAGAGAGUGCUAGCGUUAGCCUGGGAAAACCCCUUCCUCACACACCUCUACUCCACCAUCCAGACCAAGGAGCAUUUAUUCUUUGUGAUGGAGUACCUAAAUGGAGGAGAUUUGAUGUUUCACAUUCAGGAUAAAGGCAGAUUCGAUCUUUACAGAGCCACGUUUUACGGUGCUGAAAUUAUUUGUGGCCUGCAGUUCCUUCAUUCCAAAGGCAUUAUCUACAGGGACUUGAAGCUGGACAAUGUGAUGUUGGACAAAGACGGACACAUUAAGAUCGCAGACUUCGGCAUGUGUAAAGAGAACGUGUUUGGAGAGAACCGUGCCACCACUUUCUGUGGAACACCUGAUUACAUCGCACCAGAGAUCUUACUAGGGCAGAAAUACACCUUCUCAGUGGACUGGUGGUCGUUCGGCGUGCUGGUUUACGAGAUGCUGAUUGGCCAGUCACCGUUCCAAGGUGAUGAUGAGGACGAGCUGUUCGAGUCGAUCAGGAUGGACACUCCUCACUACCCGCGUUGGAUCACCAAGGAGGCCAAGGACCUGCUGGAGAAGUUAUUCGAGCGGGACCCCACCCGCCGUCUCGGUAUCGUGGGGAACAUUCGUGGACAUGCCUUCUUCAAGACAAUCAACUGGCCCGCACUUGAGAAGCGAGAGGUCACGCCCCCCUUCAAGCCUAAAGUGAAAUCCCCCAACGACUGCAGCAACUUCGACCGGGAGUUCCUGAGCGAGAAGCCCCGCCUCUCGAAAGGCGACAAGAACCUGAUCGACUCCAUGGACCAGUCUGCGUUCGCCGGCUUCUCGUUCAUCAACCCCAAGAUGGAGGCCUUUCUGGAGAAAUGAAACCGUGCUGUAAACCUCUCUCUGACUCAAACACACACACACGUACAGUACUCAGAGGGUGCUGGAGCUCUUGGGGUCCAACCAGUGUUAAACACAGCCACCCAAGCUUGCUCUUCUGCUCAUAGUGUGAAUGAAGUGUUAUUAGAUCAGGAAAAUAACAGUAACAGAUUGGUGUGAACAGAACCUGCUCACAAGCAAAUGCCACUGCGCCCCCUAGGGACCAAGUACUGAAUAUGGUUAUGUUUCUCUCAUUUUUUUUUUUCUUUUUUUUUUUCUUUCUCAUGAUCAAACUUUGUAACCGAAUGAACUGUAUCUUACGUACUGUAUCUUUUGGUGUUGUAAUAUAGGACGCUGUGCAGAUGCUUCAUUUGCAGAUUAAUUGGUUGACACGGAUUGGAAAACUGCUCCCACUCACAGCUCAGACCUUGUGUAAUCCUAACGCUAGACUUGUCUGGACUGGGAAUCUUACAUUUCCCCUUUGGGCUCUUUUUAUUAAUGCCUUGCUUUUACACCAGGUUUUCCAUUUUAAAAAAGAAUCAGGGGUGCUCUAUAUAAACUGGAUUCGUUUAGUAAGUUGAGAUUUUUCAGCUCACCUUCCCACCAUCUCUGUAAGUGGAGCCAAAAUUUAGCCUGCUAAUCUGUGAACCCAUUCCUUUCGUUCUAGAAACUACAGCCAGACAGAAAUCAUGCUAUUGUCCUUAUAGUCUAUGGUACUAUAUUUUGCUACAGAAUAAAUAGUGGGUGGAGGUUUAAUACCCUCGUAAAUUAAUAUUUAUAUA